GUACCUGUGUUUCCCCAACAGGAAUCUGAGUGCGUGUGGAGGUCAGGAGGUGUGUGAGACCAUGGUGAAGAAUGACAUCAUGACUCCUUUGACAGCGCUGCUGAGAGAGUGCUGCGCUGGUUUUGAAAGUGCUGUUGCUCGAAUGAAAGACGAAAAGAAUGCAGUUGAGGACAUAGCCAAUGAGGCCUUGAACCUCCUUUGGAACCUAUGUGAGAGCAGCAGCCAGGCCCUGUCUGUGUUCAACAGAGCAGGUCUCCUGGACCUGGUCGUCCAGUGUCUGGAGCGACACCCCGACAACGUGGAACUGGCGACUUCUGCUGCCCACUGUUUACACACUGUGACUGAAGAUAACCCGGAGCUGCUGUGCAGCGUCAACGCCACCGUGCUCAACGCCCUGGAGGCAGUGCUGAUGUCAUCGCAGUCCAGCAUGGCCCACACUCUGCUCAGGACUUUAGCUGCAGGAUCUCUGUGGAACAUGAAGGGAAACAUCCCUGCUGCUCGUCAGGCCCAGGGUCUCGGUGCCGUGGUGGCCACCCUGUCACGGUGCCUGGACCUGGACGCCAACGGGGUCUUACUUGACCUGAGACGAGCAGAGGAGGACCGUGACAGGGACGCACCGGCUGUAACAGAUGGAGAUGACGCAGCUGCUGGUCUUGUUGUGGAGGAGAUGGAGGAGGACGAGGAGGAGGUGCCACAACGUAGGAAUGGAAAAGCAGUGAAAGUUGACACCGACAUCUCCGACCUCCUACCGAGGGGUAAAGAGGAGCUGAGGGAGGCCACGGCUUUACUAACAGCUCAGCAAACGUCCUUAGAGAUAAUAGUCAACAUGUGCUGCUCUGACGACCCCUCUGACGACGAGUGGGAGGAGGAGUCCAGCAGCGACGAUAGCGACAUGUGUCCAGAUGGUCCAGAAUCCGGCCUGAUGUCUCCUCUGUGUUUGUCGGCUGAGGUUCAGGGAGCUUUAAUCAACCACAGCAUCCCCGAGAAGGUCCUCAAAAAGACGGAAUUCCCCACAGAAGAAGUCACUAAUGUCUGUCAUCAGAAUUCCUCCUGGAGGAGCUUGAUCAAAAAGAUGAGGCGAGUCCAGUCCCGCGCUCUGACCUGUCUCCACAGUCUUCUGUCCACCAUGGACGCUGAGUGUCUGGGAGGAGCAGCGGCCUUACAGGCAGCAGCGCAGCAUCUCUCCUCGCUGGUCUUUGGAGCAGCAGAGAUAACCAAGGACGAGGAGUUCCUGGAGGCCGUCAUCAGUGCCAUGCGCUCACUGUUACAGAUGAUUGCUUCUAAAAAUAUUCCACAGUGUAUGACUCCUCAGCAGCUGAUGAGCCUGAGCGAUGCCGCGACUCGCUGCGACGUUGUCAGCGUGAGGGUCAACGCCGUAGCCAUCCUGGGCAUCACCGGCAGCACUUUAGCCAAAGAGAAAGGCACGGCUGAAACCGUUCAGAUGAUUGGAAGUGCCUUACUGGAAGUGGCCACCAGGGACACUGACCUGGUUGUGAACGGUGAAGCCCUCGACGCCUUGUUUGAUGUUUUUGCUGACGGAGACGAGGCGGAAACAGCUGCUAAGAACAUCCAGUUACUGCCUGCACUGAAGGCACUUCAGCCUGUCUUCAAGGCCAAGAUCCGUAAAGAGGGCAGAGGAAAGUACAGCCCUCAGCAGCUGUGUGUGUUAGACAACAUCAAGGUCAACCUGAGAAGAUUCAUUGGUUACCUGGAGAAGGUGGUAAAGAAAUGAGGACUUUUUAGAAACAGGUUUUGACCUGCACAAAAAAAAAACACACACAUGCUAACAGGAGCGUAGCAUGUAGCAGGAAAUGGCUAUGAAACCGAGAAGUAUUUAUUUUGUUGUUGGUAAAACACUCUCUAGUUCUUGGUUUCAGUGUUUAUAUUCUCUAAAUAUAAUUUACAGUUUGAGUUUUGAUGUGGUGAAAGUUAAAGGAGUGGUGGAAAAAGAUGUGAUCGCCGAGCCGGUGGCAAUUUUCACAGACGUGUGGAUCUGAUGUCGAUUUGUUCUGUGAAGUUUACGAUGACAUUUGUUUGUUAUUAAGGCGACAUUUACGUCUUUGUAAAUGAGCAGCGUCUCUUCAUCUCUGUCCAGCUGAACAUUGUGUCUUUGGCUGCUGAUGCACAGAACAGUGUUCAAUAUUUAAACUGUUGGCAAACCAGCCCAGCAGGCAGAGUUUUAGUGAGAGCGUUCCUCUCUGUGGAAGUCACAAAAUCACUUUCUAAAGAAGAAUUUAGGGAUUUUUUUAAAAAAGCAAAUCAAGUGUCUUUUUAAUGGAAUAGUAUUUGUUGAUCAAAUCCACGAGUGUCAACAGUUUUUUUCUUUUUAAAAAAUUCAUUGUCAAUUUAGUGGAGACCUUUCUAUUAGUUUACAAAAUAAUGCAGACUUGGUGUCCAUUUAAUGACGUCUCCAUUAAAAGUGAACACUGAAAUAAAGUAGUGUUUGUGUUUUUUAAUCGUAUAAAAGCAAAAAUCUACACUGUUGUGUAGAUUUGAAGAAAAUCUAAAAAGAACGAGAGGUUUAGCGUGUUUUGAAGAAAACUGGUUUAAAUACAUACAAUAAUAAUUGUCCUUCUUUCAGACGUUCUCUCUGUGCCUGCAUGGGUUUUCUCGCUGAUCCACAGGUUAUCAGUAGAGGGCGCUGUGGGUCAAACUGCAGCUGCAGACUCUGGUCCUUUUUCUCUUUUCACACUAUUAACAGUCACAAUGGUGGUAAAAAUAAAAAAAUAAAUUAAAAAGUCCAUGGUAAAAAAUCUCUUCUACUUUAUUAUAAAGAGCCAAAAACAAUACGCACAAUGAAGUAACUGGUAAUACAGUAAAAUGUUAUGAGAUCAUUUUUAUGGAUCUUUUCAAACAACAGACAAAAUUCCUCAAAUGAUGGUUAUUAGGUUCUGCCUUCACAGCAGGAGGAUCACUGGUUUGCCGGUUCAAUCCCUGGUUCGACCUACUUUGUGUGUUUUACCCCGCGUGUGCGUGGGUUUCUUUCGGUCACUCUGCUUUAGCGAACCCCGGCUUUAGAACCACUGAAACCCUGACUGAACAUAGAGCAGGUGAGGGUUUGCUGUUGUGAAGACGCCAAUUUUUGUUAGUUUUUUCAAUUUUGUUUAUUCACUUGAGAUUGUGUCAAAUUGGCUAAAAAAAACUCAGUGACUGUACGUCAGAUUGUUCUUACUCUGCAACAACAGCAACACUUCAGUGGAUUAUUGUUGUGUUGUUAUGAGAGGAUUUGAAGUGAAAUUAAAGAUGAUUAGGUUGGAUUUAAUAAAAAAAAAGGUCAUCGUUUACAGGCAGCAUUUUAUCAGAGUUUUACUCAAUGGAUUGUGUUCAGUGCAGACGUCAUAGUCAAAGAAGGUACAGGUCACCAUCCUAAUGAUACAGAAUAAAAUAAGAUUGCCUCAUCCAAAAUCCUCUGAUUCCACCGUACGUCCCUUAGCCCCUGGAUAAACAUUACAUUCUAAUGGUAGCAUUUGUCCUUUUGUCCUCAUUUAGUGUAAACGGUGGAGCGUUCUAACUCCUAACAACCACAGGUCGGAACAGACAGACAGCAAAAUAUCAUCAAAUACAAAAACAAGAUGCCGAGAAUCUAGACUUGACAACACAGUGACAUUUUCUAGCCUGGUCCAGAGCUUUCUUUUUUACACUCCUUAAAAAACAAAAAACAAAAAAACAAAGGCCACAUUCAUCAGUGCAACCAGGUUCAUCACUACUGAUGCAGUCGUAAGAAAAAAGAAAA